AUUUCCGGUGUUUUGGGGGGGGGGGCAAAUCUCGCGAGAGACCGGAAGGGGCGUGGCCUCGGUGCCACGUCGGGGUUGGAGCCGAGGAGCGCUUCAAUGGCGACGGUCCUCCAGCCCCGGGAACCAGCGGCCUCCAACAUGGCCGCCAUCAUGGCCGCCACUCUGGCUCUCUGCCUCCUCCCUUCCGCCUCUCACGGGGACCGCCAUCACCAGGAGGACUUCCGCCAUCACCGGGAGGACUUCCGCCAUCACCGGGAGGACUUCGGCCAUCACCGGGAGGACCUCGGCCAUCACCGGGAGGACCUCGGCCAUGGUCAGCACCAGCUCCAUGUGGACAGCGGCCACGGCCACACCUUGACGGCCAUGUUUAGUCGUGGGCACCAACACGAAGACCCCCAGCAUGGACACUCACAUGGGGACCCCCACCAUGGGGACCCCCAUAGGGACCCCCACUAUGGCCAUGGGGACCCCCACCAUGGCCAUCAACAUGGGGACCCCCAUACGGACCCCCAUAGGGACCCCCACCAUCAUCAUGGGGACCCCCACCAUGGCCAUCAACAUGGGGACCCCCAUAGUGACCCCCAUCAUGGCCAUGGGGACCCCCAUAGGGACCCCCAUCAUCAUCAUGGGGACCCCCACCAUGGCCAUCAACAUGGGGACCCCCAUAGAGACCCCCACCACAGCCAUGGGGACCCCCAUAGGGACCCCCACCAUCAACAUGGGGACCCCCAUAGGGACCCCCACCACAGCCAUGGGGACCCCCACCAUGGCCAUUCACAUGGGGACCCCCAUAGGGACCCCCACUAUGGCCAUGGGGACCCCCAUACGGACCCCUACUAUGGCCAUGGGGACCCCCAUCAUGGCCAUCAACAUGGGGACCCCCAUAGGGACCCCCACCAUCAACAUGGGGACCCCCAUAGGGACCCCCAUCAUCAACAUGGGGACCCCCAUAGGGACCCCCACCACGGCCAUGGGGACCCCCAUCAUGGCCAUCAACAUGGGGACCCCCAUCAUGGCCAUCAACAUGGGGACCCCCAUAGGGACCCCCACCACAGCCAUGGGGACCCCCAUCAUGGCCAUGGGGACCCCUACCAUCAUCAUGAGGACCCCCAUCAUGGCCACCACCAUGGGGACCCCCAUAGAGACCCCUACCAUGGCCAUGGCCAUCAACAUGGGGACCCCCAUCAUCAACAUGGGGACCCCCACCAUGGCCACAGCCACCACCAUGGGGACCCCCAAGUUCCCCCCCCAUCAGCUCCCAGUCGCCCGGACACUCUGACCCUCUGGAUUCAGGUGAGC